AAACAUUGGCGUCUGACAGUGCAGCAGUGAGCUGCUGUAUCUACGUCUAAAGCGUUGUUUCAGAAGAACAAUUCAUAUUUACUUAAAGUAGCCAACUGCAUCACACUGCUUCGAAUGGAGACCAGACAACAGGGUUUGCUGGACCCAGAGCCUCUAACAGAAGUAGAUGAAGAAAUGGUGUCAGAAGUGGACCUCUACAACACUGUGACCGAUGAGGAGAGGGAGGAAAUAUUGAGUGAACUCACUAAGUUAGAGGAAGAAAUCUCCACCCUGAGGCAAGUGUUGGCCUCCAAAGAGAAACACCACUCAGACCUCAAAGCCAAACUGGGGAUAACACCACUCAGUGAGCUCAAACAGAACUUCAACAGGAGCUGGUACGACAUGCAGACUUCCACUGCGUACAAAAAGACGUCAGAGACGUUGAGCACGGCAGGGCAGAAGACAUCAGCAGCUUUCACCACAUUGGGAACAGCCAUCAGCAGGAAGUUUGGGGAUAUGAGGAACUCGCCCAGUUUCAAGUCCUUUGAGGAGAAGGUUGAAAGCACCGUUUCCAACAUAAAGACCAAGGUAGGAAGCCAAGGAGGUGGAGGGAGUUUUGAGGAGGUGCUGUCUUCAGCCGCCCACGCCAGUGCCCAAGAAACCCCCAGCAACAACCUGUCUGAGAGCAGUGAUCAUGAGCGGACCUGCUAGACCAGAGCCUGAAACAACCUCCCCAGACCAGGAUUAGCACUCUACUGCCCCUCACUGGCCCAGAGGCCACAUUACAUUACCUGAUGAGGAGAGCAUGACAAACAGUAGGCCUAUCUAUCCAAAGCCACAUCAAGUACCAACACAAAUGUGUAUUAUCUAAUGGCUUCUUAGCCUUUGUGUUUCCAAUCUGUAAAGCACUCCUGCCCUUGAUAUUUUAUUACUAUGAAUACAGCUAUUACCUUUUGUAUUUAAAUAAAAAAUAAAUGUGUUCCGUUUAUAUCAAUGUAUUUGAUAAACAAAAAGUAGUGACUUUCUUCCCAAUACUAAAACAACAUUUUCAUGAUGACACCUACUUUCCAAGAGUGGACAGUCACAUAAUACUAUUGGGGGAGGGAAUUGUAUUUGAAACUAAUACUUGAAAUUGCAAGUACUGGAUUUGUAGGCCUAUACUGCACUGUAAAUGGGGACCAAAGUAAGGUCUCGUGCUGAAAAUCUACUGAAUACACUGGCAUCCCAAUGAAUCACACUAAUAUAUCCUUUAUUCCAACCGUGCACUGUUUGCACUUGAGCCUUGAUCGGGUCUCCUAAAUCAGGACCUAAAUUAUACUUAUUAUCACAGCAGUCAGGCAGUGUCGAUGCUUUGACACACUGUGGGAUUAAAUGUCUAUUUUUAAAUGUGUUUAUUUCUUCUGUUUAUUACUGCUAAUCUUCAAUAAUGGACCAAACAGCUGGUUUUGUAUUUACAGAAUUAACUUCUGUCAUAUGAUUUUCUCCUCGUGUUUAUUGUUCAAGUUGAUUUUUCUUGGUUGCUGUGGUUUUUAACUUAAUUGUGACUAGACGUUUGUCAGACAUUUAGGUGAUAAUGUUUUCAGACAUUUUGACUACGUUUUGUCAACAGCAGAGGUGCCCUCCUGAAUGUGACUGUUGUAAUACCCAAAGGUAAUAACAGUUGUUAUAGUCCCUGUGCAGUCCUGUGUAGCUCGGUAGGUAGAGCAUGGCGGUUGCAAUGCCAGGGUUGUGGGUUCGAUUCUCACGGGGGACUAGUAUGGGGGGGGAAGUAUGAAAAUGUAGGCAUUCACUACUGUAAGUAUGACUUAAAUGUAGUCUAGCAACUUCUGCUUUUUUUUUUUAAACAAAACUGUAUCCCAGAAAGAUUAUAACACACUAUGAAUAAACUGUUUUUUGCAGUAUCAUUAUUAAACAAUUUGUUGCAAACCAA